AUGCUCACCUAUUGGUUUUUUCUGCCUUCUAUUGAGAGUACCGCAAACUGUGGACCGACGUUGUGCUCUCAACAUUUCUCCGCCGACUGUUUUGCGAAUUUGGUUCAAUAUCAAAGCGGAUACGCCCAAAGGCUAUUACUAAAACCAGAUGCAGUACCUACUCUGCAUGCUGCAGCCCCUCCAAAUUAUGUCAUGACCGACUCUGGCCCAGCCUCAGCAUCCUUAAGACGGAAAAAACAACAAAGGAUCAGUGAACUUCUCGACGCCAAUGAUGAACCUGGAAAAACUGAUCAAAUUGAUGUUGCAGGAAUAGAUUUUCUGAAACCAUCAACAGCUCAUAACGGUAACCUAAUACUAAAGUGGCAACCGAAAGUCCAACAUUGCAAAAAGAAAAGGAGGCAUAGAUCAGAAGUUUCAAUGGAUGUUAGUGAGGACGAUGAGUAUAGAUGUACUUCUGAUGCAGACAAGUAUGGUACUCAGGAUAACAUCCUUUUUGACAAAAUUAAUGUGAAGCCCGCUCAUCUCAAAGAAGGGCCAGAGCUGUGCGUCAUAGAGGAGCCGGAGCUGUGCGUCAAAGAGGAGCCAGAGCUGUGUAUAGAUGAGGAGCCAGAGCUGUGCGUCAAAGAGGAGCCAGAGCUGUGCGUCAAAGAGAAGCCAGAGCUGUGUAUCAAUGAGGAGCCAGAGCUGUGCGUCAAAGAGGAGCCAGAGCUGUGCGUCAAAGAGGAGCCAGAGCUCUGCGUCAAAGAGGAGCCAGAGCUGUGCGUCAAAGAGGAGCCAGAGCUCUGCGUCAAAGAGGAGCCAGAGCUGUGCGUCAAAGAGGAGCCAGAGCUGUGCGUCAAAGAGGAGCCAGAGCUGUGUAUCAAUGAGGAGCCAGAGCUUUGCGUCAAAGAGGAGCCAGAGCUGUGCGUCAAAGAGGAGCCAGAGCUGUGUAUCAAUGAGGAGCCAGAGCUGUGUAUCAAUGAGGAGCCAGAGCUUUGCAUCAAAGAGGAGCCAGAGCUGUGCGUCAAAGAGUCAGAGGAGUUUCCUUAUCACGUCAUCACUGUGAAAACUGAAAAUUCUGAAGACAAGUCCCCUGUGCUUCAAAGACCAACUGAUGAUGGUGAGGAGCACUCUGACAGCUUUGAAGACACAGACCACUCACAAGACUAUUGUCCAGAACAUCCCCCAGCAAAAAGAAGCUACGCCAUGGUUCCUGCUAAUGCAUUUGUCACAGACAAAAGACCCAACAGAGACCUUACAGCUGCUCAGACUGUCACAAGAGCUUUAAGAGGAAACAUGAUCUGA